AUAUCGACAGCGGAGAUCGAGGCGGCAAUCGCGGCCUGCAAAGAGGGGAAGGCGUCUGUCCCUGAUCUCGUUGUCUGUAGCUGGUACCGUUCCUACGCUGAUCAACUGGUACCGAUCCUGUCAGUGAUGCUCAACAAGUGGUACGCGGCAGGAGUGUUCCCUGAGUCCUUUCUGGAGGCGGAUAUAUUCUGCCUCAAGAAGUCAGGGGAUCUGCAUAAUCCUUUAAACUACCGGCCGAUCGCGCUCCUGAAUACGGACUACAAGAUAUUUUCCAGAAUCCUAGCGACAAGAAGAGUGCGAGAGACGUUGGACGACCGAGUGCAUCCUCACCAG